UUAUAUUAUCUCACAACACAUUAUUAGUUCAAUCCUCCAAAAAAAAUGGAGCCAUUCCAAAUCUCUCCCACACCAAAUACACCCAAAAAGGCAUGCACGACUGCACAAAGAGAUGAAACACAAGAUCUUCUUCGCCUCCUCCAAGCUCUCCGUCUACUUCCUCAUCACCUCCGUCUCCCUCCUCAUCACCCUAUUCCAAAUCCAACUAAUCAAACACCCCUCCUCCUCUCCUCUCACUCCCAUCUUCCUCCCUCUCAAAGAUCUCACCUUUGCAACCACCCCCAUGGACGGCAACACCUGGUUCAUGAGCUCCCUUAACGACACCUUCGAAGACGGCGAAGCAGAGCACCUUCUCUUCCCCUCCCCAUCUUUCCAUCACAACCUCCUCCUCUGCUUCUCCGGCCGUCACAGAUCCAACGGCACUAAAAACUCCUACGCCCUGGCACCACACCAUUCCCUCCCAAGCGGCGCCAAACUCUUCAAAGGUCUCACCUUUAUCUCCGACAGCUACUACGAUUACGAGAAUCUCUGGCACGGGCUCUCUGCAAUGGUGCCCUUCCUAGCGUGGCACAGCAGUAAUGGUUGCGAGAAACCGGAGCGCUGGCUGCUUUACCAUUGGGGUGAGCUCAGGGUUGAGAUGAGUCCAUGGGUGAGGAUGUUGGUCGAAGCGGUGAUGGGAGAAAAGGUGAGGAUUGAGGAUUUGGAGGAAAAAGGGGAAGGGUUAUUCUGUUUUGAGAGAGCGUUGGUGUUCAGACAUAAUGAAGGAUCGAUGGGGAUGAAGAGGAAGAAUAUGGUUUAUGAUAUGAUGAGGUGCAAGGCUAGGGCUUUCUGCGGUUUGGGAAGUGGGGGAGGAGAAGGCCAUGGAAUGGUGAGGGUGACCUUGUUGAUGAGGAAGGGAGCGAGGUCUUUUAAAGAUGAGGAGAUGGUGGCGAGGAUUUUUGACAGGGAGUGUGGGAAGGUUGAAGGCUGCAGGUUGAAGGUGAUGAGGCCAAAUAAUCUCAGCUUUUGCGAUCAGGUGAAGCUGAUGGCAGAAACGGAUGUCCUGGCUUCUCCUCAUGGAGCUCAGCUCACAAACAUGUUCUUCAUGGACAAGAACAGCAGAGUAAUGGAGUUCUUCCCCAAGGGAUGGAAGGAGUUCGCCGGUGUUGGUCAGUAUGUUUUCCAGUGGAUCGCGAAAGCCUCCGGCAUCAAGCACCAGGGUCCCUGGCAUGAUAGCAAUGCUGAUACAUGCCCAUAUACUGACAAUUCAAGGUGUUUUGGGUUCUACAAGAACGGUCAGAUUGGGCAUGAUCAAGCUUACUUCACUAAUUGGACGGCCAUGGUUAUCAGGGAUAUGAGGGAGUAUAAGCUCACGGAGGAGUACAGACAUGCACAGCAGGAGUUGAGAUCAAGGAAGUGCCUCUGUACCACCUAAUUGCCCGGAAUGAUGGCUUGAAAUUCU